CCACUAUUAUAUGCACCAUUUCCAUGAUGAGUAUUCUCUAUAUAAGCCCUUCCUCUUCCGAAUCAUUUGUACAAACACACCUUCACGCCCUUUGUCUGAACUCCUGAAUUACCUCACCCCUUCACUUUCUCUCUUCUCACCUUUGUCUCUUGUUUUCUCACGAAACAAACACUGCUACACAAGAAAAGAAAAAAGAAAAAAAAAAUGUCGUGGGAAUCCUGUUUCCUAUUCAUUCCUCAAAACGGGUUCUCCUCGUUGCUUCUCAACUUCAACGUUUUGCUCUGUUCUUUUCUCUUCGUCGCCGUUUUCGCUUUCUGCCUUUCACCCGGUGGGAUUGCUUGGGCUCUGUCCAAGUCUCGAGUUGGUCACCAUGGCCAUGCUCCCACCGCUAUUCCUGGACCUUCAGGUCUUCCUUUCAUCGGUCUGGUUUUGGCUUUCUGUAAUGGGUCUUUGACCCACCGGGUUCUCGCUAAGCUUUCAGAGAGCUUCAGAGCGAGAUCGUUAAUGGCAUUCUCAGUCGGAUUCACCCGUUUUGUUGUUUCGAGCCAACCAGAAACGGCGAAAGAGCUUCUGAACAGCUCAGCCUUCGCAGAUCGACCCGUUAAGGAGUCGGCUUACGAGCUUCUCUUUCACCGGGCCAUGGGUUUCGCUCCUUACGGGGAGUACUGGAGGAACCUGAGGAGAAUCUCUGCGACCCACUUGUUCAGCCCGAGACGAAUAGCCUGUUUCGGCGAGUUUCGGGCAAGGAUCGGGGUCGAAAUGGUGGAAGCCAUGAGGGUCUUGAUGCAGAUGAAUGGGGAAAUUCAAGUCAGGAAACUCUUGCAUUACGGGUCUUUGAACAAUGUAAUGAUGAGCGUUUUUGGAAGAAGUUAUGAGUUUGUUACUGAACUGGGCCAAAGUCAUCGUAGUGAUUCCGGCGCUGGUAACGAGGCGGCGGAACUGGAAGGGUUGGUUAGUGAAGGGUAUGAAUUACUUGGGAUUUUUAACUGGAGUGACCAUUUUCCUCUUUUGGGGUUAUUGGAUAUUCAAGGAGUGAAAAAGAGGUGUAAGAAACUUGUAUCUAGAGUGAAUGUUUUCGUUGGAAAAAUCAUUGAGGAGCAUAGGGAAAGAAGGACUCAUAAUAUUAAUGCUACUCAUGGAGGAUCGUGUCCGAUCAAGGGUUCCGAUCAAUCUGAGGAUGAGGAUGGCCGUGAUUUUGUUGAUGUACUCCUCGAUUUAGAAAAGGAAAAUCGACUCAGUAACUCGGAUAUGAUUGCAGUGUUAUGGGAAAUGAUAUUUAGAGGAACAGACACAGUAGCAAUCCUCCUGGAAUGGAUUCUAGCAAGAAUGAUUCUCCACCCAGAGAUCCAAUCAAAGGCACAGUCUGAAAUAGAUGCGGUGAUUGGCGGAAAUCACCGUCAGGUAUCUGAUUCUGACCUCCCAAAACUUGCUUACAUCCAAGCCAUUGUGAAAGAAACCCUAAGGCUCCAUCCACCUGGGCCUCUCCUAUCAUGGGCCAGGCUCUCCAUCCACGACACUAACAUAGGCCAACACUUCAUCCCGGCUGGCACCACAGCUGUUGUUAACAUGUGGAGUAUAACCCAUGAUGAACAGGUCUGGCCCGAGCCCAACCGCUUCAACCCCGAUAGGUUUAUGAUCAAACAAGACCUAGGUGAUGAUCGUAGUGCUGUGUUUUCCAUAAUGGGUUCUGAUCUUAGGUUGGCUCCUUUCGGUUCUGGAAGAAGGGUUUGCCCAGGUAAAGCCAUGGGGUUAGCCACAGUUGAGCUAUGGCUAGCUCAGAUGCUCCAAAGCUUCAAAUGGGUUCCUGCUAAUAAUGAUUCUGGGGUUGACUUGUCUGAGACUCUGAAACUUUCCUUGGAGAUGAAGAACUCUUUGGUUUGCAAGGUCAUUCCUAGGGUUUACUGAUAUAGCAUACCCCUAGCUCUUAAGCCAUGUUGUCAUGUCAUAUAUAUUUUAUGUUGUGCUAGUUUUAUCAUUUGAAAAGUUGAAAAAACUUGUUUCAUUUCCUUUUGGGUUUGUAUCAUCUUUUAUGGGAAAGGGUUUCUUUUGGGUGCUAAUAUGUAGGGAAGUUAUUAAUAUUAGCACCACUGUAGUCUGCAUAUUUGGGUUAUUAGUUACUUAUCUUUAUUUGUAUUAUCGUCAGUAAAGGCUAAACUUGUAAGGGUCUGUAUGGUUAAUGCUUGCUUUGUUCUGUGUAAUUCUGGUUCGUACUGUAUGUUUGAACUCAAUAUGUAUUACCAGUUUGUCUUUAAA